AUGUUGAGGACAUUAUUUGCUUGCACAGUUUUGAUUAUGUGCUCGCUGAUUUCAGUGACCCUUGCCCAAGAACACUAUUGUUCAUCUUCUAAUGUGACAUUGCUUCAUUGGAAUGUUACCGAUCCAAGUUUCCCUAAUUCUCCAUAUCCACUUUAUUUCCCACAACUUCCUGACCUCCAAUUUAUGGUUGACAUUGAUGGAGCUCCACAACCAAUGAAAACUAAUGAUAAUAUUUAUGAUGCUUUGAAGGGAACAACAUUCUCAAUGAUGUUCCACGUUGUUAAAAACAAGGAAGAUAAGGCCUUCUACAAGACUGUUUACGUCAUGAACUCCAAGCAUCAAGGAGGUAGUGUCCAAAAAUUGAUGGAUUGCAACAUUAGAGUUGCUCAAAAUGAAAUGGCCUACUGUGAUGGUUUGACAAUGCUUCCAAAUACUGUUACAACUGAAGGAAAGAAUCAAUACUCUUUAUGGAAUAUUAUUUCUGGAAGACAAUUCGGAAGUGGUGAUUUGAGUUCAUCUAUUAUCCCAUAUUUAUAUACAUCCGAUAUUACUUCAUAUGGUGUUAAUGCUUCAAUUACUGAUGCUAUUGCUAUAUUCCCAAUUAUUCUUACAAAUGUUGACAAGGAUCCAAUUUAUGCUAAAGAUGGUUCCAUUUCAGGAUAUGAAACUUUGACUUCUGCCAACAAUGUCACUUCCAACAUUUUUGUUAAACCAAUUUUACUUUUGGAUGUUAUUAAUAAUCAAACCAAUCAAAACGAAAUUUUGGCUUUGCACAAGUCAGAUGCUAAUGCUAUCCGUAUUAUUAGAAUCACUCCUUUCCAUGAAUCAUUUGGAAUUACUUCUCAAUACCUUCUCGUUCCUUCAAUCCAAAGUGAAACUUUAAAGCCAACUAUGGUCCAAAACAAUGCUAGAAUUGUCUACAGCUCAAAGAGAGGAUUGUUGCAUGCUGUUGUCACCCUCUACAAGGAUCAACAAGUUGCUUUCGAAAACUACCACAGACUUGAACAUGACAAGUUUAUCAAAUUCUCCUCAAAUGCUCAAUUUGUCAAUGUUCUCAUUACUCUUGAUGCUUCAGAUCUCAGCAAUUUGAAGGUUGUCAAGGUUUCUCAAAUCCUCACUGCUAACAAUGUUAAAUCAACUGCCGAACUUCUUGCUAGUGGAAAUGUCAAGACAUGGAAGCUCAAUGAUAUUACUUUAUCUGGUGAUUCUGAACAAUAUGUUGUAGUUGUUGGUACUAUGAUCUAUACUGCCGAAGGUGAAACUGAUAAGAAUGGUUUUAUUUAUACUGUCAAUAUUGAUGACUAUACUCCAUUCCAAUCUACUCCAGUUGCUGAAAGAUUCUCUCUCAUCACUGAUGAUGAAGCUCAAAUUAGUAAUUCAGAUGCUCUCACUGUUACUGCUAAUUUCUAUGGACUCAAUGAUACUAUUGCUGUUGGUUCAGUCAUUCGUACCAAGCUUAAGGAUGAUCCAUUCUAUGUUGAACCAAAGUUGGUGGGUUAUGUUCACUUAUACAGUGCCUCAAAUCUUGAUGAACCUCUUGGAUCAAAGAUCAUGAGAGAAAACCAAGGUAUUAAUCGUUUGUUCAAGGUUGAAUACUUCCCAGGUCAAUCCAAAGACUCCCAUGCCCACAUCUUCCUUGGAUGGAAUAUCAAUGAUAAUGGUGCUGUUGUCUCUACUCUUUCAUUCUCUUGUAUUCCAAAGGUUAUUAGAGAUGGAUGGCAAUACAUGUUGAUUGGAGUUUUUGGUGGUGAAUUCCUUAUUUGCGUCUUGAUUGGUGUUAUUUACUUUGUUGUAAAGAAGGUUAGAGCCAAGUUUACUGCCAACAAGGAAUACGAACAAGUUUAAUUUAUUAAUUCAUUAAAAAACACUCUGUGUAUUCAGAGAAU